AUGACGAGUACUACUUCGUACGAAAAGCAAUUGACGAUUAUUGCCCGUGCAAUUGAAAGAUUACAACACUCUUUCAAGGAACAAAAUCUGAAAAUUGCCUCGUUAAUAGAAAAGUUAAAAUUGCGUGACGACAAUGCUGAGUCAAGCAAAGGCCGAAUUCCUCAUUCUAAUUCCAUGCCAGAGAACACUCUAAAUAAUGAUCAAAAUGACGUGUCCGCCAAUCCAACAAUUGAUGAUGCCUCCAUCACCUCACUUUCCAUCCAACAACUUCAAGACAUGAUAGUGAAUUGCAUAAGAGAACAAUACAGUGGCGUUCCUCAAAGUGCUCGCAUUUACUCAAAGCCUUACACAGAAAGAAUUAACAUCUUAAAAAUGCCAAUUCGGUAUCAACCUCCAAAGCUUCAACAGUUUGACGGAAAAGGCAAUCCCAAGCAACAUGUCGCACACUUUAUAGAAACUUGCGGCAAUGAUGGUGCAAACGGAGAUCUCCUUGUCAAGCAAUUCGUUCGGUCCCUCAAAAGGAAUGCAUUUGAUUGGUACACAGACCUCAAAGCUGAAGGUAUUGACAAUUGGGAGCAGAUGGAACAAGAAUUUCUCAACCGUUUCUACAGUACUCGUCGUACUAUAGGUAUGUUGGAGCUUACAAACACAAAACAGAUGCAGGGUGAACCCGUGGUUAACUACAUCAACCGUUGGCGAGCUCUAAGUCUUGACUGCAAUGAUCAUUUAUCUGAAAUUUCUGCAGUUGAUGCAUGUAUGCAAGUAAAGAAUGGGAGAAUUAUUCCCUACAGGCAACAAAUAGCAGUUCUAAUGAUAUUAGUCACAAAUGAUGAUGAUUUUCCUUGGUUAAAUGAGGUGCAACCCAUGGGUGGUUUAACCGAAAAGUUGUACCCAGGGGCUGAAGUGGGGCAACCGUUGACUAUUCGGGUUGAAUAG